AUGCCAUCUACUAACCGACUUACCGAAGAACCGCUCCAGAAGAAGGUGGAACGCUUUCGUGCAGAAAUCAAAUCGUUUCCAGUAUGUCUUGUCACCGGAGGAGCAGGUUAUAUCGGCUCGCACACGGUCCUUGAGUUACUCAAUGCUGGUGUUGCUGUGGUUGUAAUCGACAACUUGUGCAACAGCCAUAUGGAGUCUCUGUGUCGUGUACACUACAUUGCUCGAACCGAGUCUCAGCGUCUCCAACAGAAUGGCAAUGUGCCUCCGAUCUUCUUCCACCAGGUCGACAUUCGAAGCACAAAAUCCAUGAAUCUGGUCUUUGAAUUCUGGCAGUCUGACAAGAUCCAUGCCGAGAGGGCUAUAAUCCCUGUGAGCGUCGGCGAGGUCUCUGCGAACAAGGCUUAUCUCAUGCUCGACUAUACGUUGAACCCAGCAAAGAGAGCUCAACCAAGCCCUCAGACCAAAGAUCCAUCUACCUGGGGCAGGAUCACUGCUGUCAUCCACUUCGCCGCCCUCAAGGCUGUAGGAGAAUCCAUCACGAAGCCUCUGGAGUACUACGAGAACAAUGUCGCCGCACUUGUGGUCUUGCUCAAAACCAUGAAGGCUCAUGCCGUCAAUGUUCUCAUCUUUUCCUCGAGCGCUGUGGUCUAUGGUGUUGGUCAUGAAGCUGGCAUCUCAGAGGAAACUGUUCAAGUUGCUGGAAAAGGCUCUGGAGGCGGUUUACUCACCAAUCCCUAUGGACGCUCCAAGUGGAUGUCGGAGGAAAUCAUCAACGACUACUGCGUGGCGGACCCCAAUUUCCAUGCCAUUUCGCUACGCUACUUCAAUCCUACCGGCUCUCAUCCAAGUGGACUGAUUGGUGAAGACCCCAAGGGUACACCAAACAACAUUGUGCCUGUCAUUCUUCAGGCAUAUCAACGUCGUCGUAGCCGCGUUCAUGUGUUUGGCUCCAACUACGACACUUCAGAUGGCACAGGUGUGCGUGACUACAUUCACGUCAGCGAUCUCGCCAUGGGUCAUCUGGCAGCUCUACGCAAGGCCACAAAGCAGCCUGGUCCAGUACCCGAGGACGAAGAGCUCGAUGGUCAGGAUCCUGUCUCCAACUACAAUGUCUACAACCUGGGUACAGGACGAGGAUACUCUGUACUCGAGAUCAUCAAAGCUUUCAGCAAUGCAGCUGGCACAGCCAUCCCCUUUACCGUCGGCGAAGCACGCGCAGGAGAUCUCGGUACCGUUACCGCGUCUCCCGACAAAGCAGCCUCCGACCUUGACUGGCGCGCCGAGUUUGAUCUCCAAGACAUGUGCCGCGACGUCUUCAACUGGGCCGCCGCCAACCCUACCGGCUACGAGACCCUUCGUCGCUUGUCCACCAUGUCCGGCAUGAACAGCCAAGAAAUGCGUCGCCAAUCCGUCGCCACCGGCCUCUUUGACCGCGAAGAAGACUUUGACAGCUUCAUCAGCACGAGUCUCAGCUCGAUCGACAACAACAACGCCAGUAAAGACAGCAGUGGCCGCCGUAUGUCACAACACGGCGCAAACUUUAGCAAUAUGCUCAAGAAGAUGCGAUCGGCAUCUCAUAGCAGUGCUGUCAGUGAUAACGACAAUCCGUUUGGCGGCAACUAUGCUUUGUCGAGCAGCCCUGGCCAUGGAGCUAGUGGGGCUCCGAGGUUUGCAAUGACUUGGGGUGAGGCGAACAAGACGGGUACGAUUGCUGAGGGAGAAGAGGAGGAGGACUUGGAUCUGGGACCUACACUUAGUCCCUCGACGAGCAGAACGCUGCCGAUGAGGUCGAAGUGA